GCAGUAAAGCCCUAAGUUAGACUCAUUCAUGCUAGAGAACUGUUGCCAGAGACGUGUUGCACUUCACUCAUUUCUAUCUGCUCAGAGGUGAAUUUUCAGACAAGAUUGAGUCAUCUAACACAAACCCACCUGACAGUGUUUGUACUCUGGGGAGUCCUCCCACAUGCUCCUCAUGCAGAAUCCUGUUUUACCUGUUCAAGACCAGCUUGCAGAUGGCUGGUCACCUUGGCAUCACCUAGAAAGGUUUCCUGUGCCUGGUCCUACUAGUGCUGGGAGUGCACACAAGCAACUUUCUCCCUAAGUAAACAGCAAAAGAGUGGGCAAAAGAAAUGGUUUCCAUCACAACUGAAAAUGAUGCACAGCUGUACAACAUGACCACCCAGGAGCUCACAGUCAGUCCAGAAUAUUUCCACAAUAAUUCAGGAGUGCAUCAGAUACAUCAAAAUGGAUGUGUUAGUACCGAUGUAUGGAAAUGGCUAGUGGAUUUUCAGCCUGGAUUUCUCUGGUUUAUAUUUAUUCUGGGAUCAAUAGAAAAUUCCUUUGUGCUCACCGUCCUGUGUUUCCACAAGAGCAGCUGCACAGUGGCUGAAAUUUACCUAGCAAACAUGGCAUUUGCUGACCUAAUGCUGGUCUGUACUUUACCUUUCUGGGCCAUUAAUAUUUCUAAUGGUUUUCAUUGGCCUUUUGGCCUGUUUCUCUGUAAAGCUGUCAACAUUAUGAGUUACAUGAACUUGUAUUCUAGCAUUUAUUUCCUGACACUGGUGAGCAUUGACCGCUACCUGGCCUUGGUGAAAACCAUGUCUCUUGGACGGAUGAGACGAACCGUCUGUGCCAAAUGGAAUUGUUUUGUGAUUUGGACAUGUGCAGUGCUCAUGUGUUCACCUACAAUGGUGUUUCGAAAUUUGCGGUUUUUUGAACAAUACAACAUCACAGCCUGUGUUCUUCUUUACCCAGCCAGCUACUGGGAGCCCACAAACAACUCCUUGCUGAAUAUUGUGGGGUUUGUGAUCCCAUUCUGUGUUAUUACCUAUUGCACUGUGCAUAUCAUCAAAGCUUUACGAAGCAGUGAGCUACGAAAAAUGAAGGUAGUCCAGACAGAGAGGAGAGCCACCAUGCUGGUCCUUGCUGUGCUCCUGCUGUUCAUCAUUUGCUGGCUUCCAUUCCAGAUCAGCACGUUCAUUGACACAAUCCGUUACUUCUCACCCACUCUCAAAUGCCUGGAAGACAUCAAUGAUGUGCUGACCCAGAUAGCCACAUACUGUUCCUUUAGCAACAGCUGCCUGAACCCAGUCUUGUAUGUGAUUGUUGGGAAAAACUUCCAGAAGAAGGCUGUGGAAUUCUACAAGGACUUGUUUACAAAGAGGUGCAGAAAAUUACAGUCUGUGCAGAUGGAAAACUCCCUGGACACUUUAAGAACUUCCAUUUCAAGCGACUAUUCAAGGAAAAAGUCUGUUAUAUCUUUACCCCAAUAGCAUAAUUUUAGGAAAUCCUUAAAGGAAGAAAGCCUUCUAACAUAUCAGUCUCCACUCAUAUCCGUCUGCUAUGGGUCCACAGAAUAAACAUGUUCAUUACAUGAGGGAAAACAAUGGUUUGAUCUUAAUGGAAACUCCAUAAAGAGAUCUGCUUCUAAUGUUAUUGGAUGUUUUUCAUUAUUGAAUCCUACCUUCUAGCUUACUUUCAUUUUCAUGGCUGAAUGAUACUAGGCUCAUGUAUCACUUGGAAUGUUUUUCUAAGGUGUGCAUACAAUCUGAAUGGAGCCCCAGUACAAAAAUUAUUGUCAGGAUUGUGCAGCUACAUAUGGUACCUAUAAUAGUGUAUUAAAUAAGAUUUUUGAUCUGGGAGGGGCUUGUAUUUGAAUAAGCUCUGUUAAGUGAGUCCUGUAGGAUGCGUUUUUAGACGUGUCCAUCUUUUGGGUUUUUAAUUUCUCUCUUCAGUCAUCUGAAACUCUCUGAUUCUUUCAUUGACAAGCAGUGCCUUUUUGCAACUGCUCCGGUCAGUUACAGAUUUACAUGAGCAAGUCCGUAUGAAAAGUAGCUGGAAAAAGGUAAAGCACUAGUGGAAGGGAACCUGCACCCACCUGCAAGAAGUUAGCUGAGUUUUCUUCAUAGAAGAAGAUUCUUUACCCCUUCUACCUUGGAAUGAAAGCUUUCACUUACUCCUUUUGAGUGAGUGAAUGCUAUUUAUAUUCAUGCUUACACUUCAGCUCAGAGACUCGGGUUUUUAGUAUUUGCAAAGUAUGAUUAAUAUUAUUCAAUGGGUAUAUAAAACCUUGGCACAACUGGUAUAAUCUCAGAAACAGUAGAAACUGAGAAUAUGAAGAAGAGCAUCACCUAACUACAUUAGAAAUCUAACUGAAGAUAACAGGGGUCUUGAAACCUCAGAGUAUUCAAGAAUAGCCUUUUCAGAUUCUAAUAAUACUUACAUUUUAUCAGUAGACUUAAUCCAUGAGAUUUUAAUACAAGAUAGCUUUUCACCAAUUGGACUGUAUUUUUGAGCUAAGUUGAUCAUAGACCUAAAAAACCCAUAGUGUACUGAAUUGUCUGUUUGUACUUUAACCUCUAGGAACCUUGACUGAGACUGAAUGGAAAAUGAUCUAAGCUAUGCUGAAACUAACAGUCUCUGAUCUGUUCUUAAGGUUACAGCUUUUAAAUCUAGCAAGAGAAAUGGAGUUCAGUGACAUGAGUAAAUUCAGAUGGCAACUACAUGGUCUUUAUCUGCCAGAGCUUGAAUGGAGCAAUAAAGUUCA